CAUGCACGGUUUCUCGUUAAGUGCGAGAAGAAAGCGAGACGUAUUCAUCGAUGCUUUCAUUCCAUGAGAAUGGUGUUAUCUCGAGUUUUGAGGUCACAGAAGUGGGCGUAGUACUAUUAGUGAAUGUUCGCAACGUAAGCUCAGUUGGUAUCUCGCGAGUCCCUUGUUGAGAAGUGGACUUUAUUUGGGCACAAAUUAGUUGGGUGUUGGUUCGUGUGAAUUCCUGAAAAAUGAGCACGACUUCCUCAACCACAACUACCACGAAGACGGUGACCGCCACUAAUCAGAAGCUGUAUGGUAAAGAUUUAAGUGAAUAUGAAAACCUUGAUGUGGACCAGCUGCUGGCCCAAUUGUCUCCAGAGGAAAUUAGCCUCCUUGCCAAGGAAGUAGAUCCAGAUGACAAUUUUCUGCCACCAUCGCAGAGGUGUAGCUACACUUGCGAAAAGGAAGCUACUGGACCCUUGGACCGUAAAAAACUAAUUGAGCACAUCAACAAACAGGCCUUAGAAACACCGGAUAAGCCAGAGUUGAAACCAUAUGUUCCUGGCACAAUUAGGGGAAAGAAAUGGAUUCCUCCUCCACCGCCCGUCAGAGAGCGUGAGGCAGAGGAGCAGAUUGCCAUUGACCUGGGAGAUGAGUACGAGAAUGCUCUCACUGAGGCCUCUCAGGAAGAAAUUAUUGAUUUGGCAGCUAUUCUUGGUUUCCACUCAAUGAUGAACCAAGACCAGUACCAUGCUUCAUUAUUAAACAAAGGACAACCUGUGGGUCUCGGUUGGGAUGGUAUUACUAAAGCAUCUCAACCAAAAGCUUUCCCAGCUGAUCCACCUAAUACUACUGACGUUGAUGCAACUAUUCGGCAAGUGAAAGAUGAUGACCACCAACUUGUUGACCUCAACUGGAACAAUAUCAAAAAUAUUUCUGAUGAAAAAUUCGACCAGUUGUUUGAAGGCCUGGGAAUGAACACCCACCUGGAGACACUAAGUUUGAGCAAUGUUGGCAUGACAGAUGGAGUUGCUUUGAAGUUAGCUGAUGUUCUGGAGCAAAACAACACUUUGCGAGUUGUCAAUGUGGAGACCAACUUCAUCAGUCCUCCUGUAAUAGUUCGCCUGAUAAAAUCCUUGUUGGGUACUAAAACAAUUGAGGAAUUCCGGGCCUCCAAUCAGAGGUCACAGGUGCUAGGCAAUAAAAUUGAAAUGGAGAUUACCACUUUGGUUGAGCAGAAUCCAACAUUACUGCGACUGGGUUUACAUCUGGAGUAUAAUGAUGCUCGUCAUCGUGUUGCAAUGCACCUGCAGCGCAACAUUGAUAGGAAUGCCUCAAGAAAAGCAGCUUUAAGGCAGUUUUUCUACUUGAUAACUUAUGUCUUGAGAGAAAUUUCCUUAGUGUGUGGUCAAGAUGAGCAGAUUAUGGAUUUAGUGUCCAAUUCUAAUCGCGCUUCCUUUUUGGGUUGGCUUUGUUUUGGAAAUCUCAUGAAAGUACGAAAAGACUUAAAUCUGCGCCUGCAAUUCCGUUUCUUUAACAACCUCUGCAGGAAAAGUCUGAUCAAGUAAUAGCGGGGACAAGUACGCCUGUCUCGUGUUGGAGCAACAAGCUCGUAGUGCGAUGAUGACUCUCUUCUAGGUAGUAGUAUUGCAUUACUUAUAUAUCAUCCACACAUACAUUUGUUUACAAUCAUAUGUUUCAUGUAUUCCAAAUUGUUACUUGUUAAUCAAACACAUUAUGAAUGCCAGACCAAUCCUUACUGCUACUCUGCUAUAGUGUUC